GUUCAAAUCGUUUAAAAACUGCGUUAGUUGAAAUCAAAAAUAAAAAUCUUGUUCAAUUUUUGUUUAUACCUUGUAUUAUCUGAAUUUUUGAAAUAUAUUUGCAUGAAUUUAUAGCCAAUAUUAAAUGACAUUCUUUUUUAUAUUUCUAGAAAAACAAGUCUAAUAAAAAAGACUGGUAAUGAUUAUAAAUCAACAAUUUCUUAUGCAUUCUUGUUAACUAGAAAAAAAUUAAUAUUGUUUAAAUGCUUUUUUGUAUGAAUAAUCUUUAAAUAAAACCAGUUUAAUCCUAAUAUAUCGAGUAUAUGCGCAGUACACAUCAAUUGGCCCUCGUAAUAUAUUGCAUUCAUAUAGGGAAUGUGGUUAUCUUCUUUUAAUUUUUGAUUUCAAUAAUCGGCGGUCCCCGACGUCGUUUUUGUGCUUUACGAAAAAGCAGUGUUGCAAAUAUCGGUUAGUUAAAGUGCGUGAAGUUGUUGUAGUGUAUUAUUUUAACAAUUAGAUUAUUGUUUGUGUUUUUAUUAACAAUUUAGUGAUAAAUUUCAAUUGAAUAUGGGUAAUAUUCACACUGUUGGACCUAAUGAAGCAUUGAUAGUAUCAGGUGGAUGCUGCGGAUCAACAAAACGUGUCACCACAGUCGGAGGAUGGUCGUGGGCGUGGUGGCUAGUUACAGACGUACAGCGACUUUCUUUGGAAGUUAUGACGCUCAAUCCGCAUUGCGAAAGCGUCGAAACGUCUCAAGGGGUUCCGCUUUCCGUUUCCGGUGUAGCCCAAUGCAAAAUUAUGAAAGCUGAUGAAUUGUUACACACAGCUUCCGAACAAUUUCUAGGAAAAUCUGUUAGGGAAAUAAAGAUGACCAUUCUACAGACCUUGGAAGGUCAUCUUAGAGCUAUUUUGGGAACUCUUACAGUCGAAGAGGUCUAUCGCGAUCGGGACCAAUUUGCUGCCCUGGUUCGAGAAGUGGCUGCUCCAGAUGUCGGCCGAAUGGGUAUCGAAAUACUAUCUUUUACCAUCAAGGACGUUUAUGAUGAUGUGCAAUACCUCACGUCUCUCGGUAAAGCGCAAACCGCCAUGGUCAAGAGAGACGCUGAUGCGGGUGUUGCUGAAGCAAAUAGAGAUGCUGGUAUCAGGGAAGCCGAAUGCCAAAAAUCGGCUAUGGACAUUAAAUAUUCCACAGACACAAAGAUCGAAGACAAUUCCAGAAUGUUUAAAUUACAGAAAGCCAAUUUCGACCAAGAAGUCAACACAGCUAAAGCACAAGCUCAGUUAGCCUACGAAUUACAAGCCGCGAAAAUCCGACAAAAAAUAAAGAACGAAGAAAUCCAAAUAGAAGUAGUAGAAAGGAAGAAGCAGAUCGAAAUUGAAGCACAGGAAGUACUCAGAAAAGAAAGGGAAUUGAAUGCUACUGUUCGUCUACCAGCCGAAGCUGAAAGCUACAAAGUAGAAAUACUCGCAGAAGGACGAAGAACUCAAACUGUCAAGAUUGCUCAAGCUGAAAGUGAAAAGAUCAAAUUGCUUGGUACCGCUGAAGCUUCGGCUAUUUCUAGCGUGGGUAAAGCGGAGGCCGAAAGAAUGAGACAAAAAGCCGCUGUUUAUAAGCAAUAUGGAGAUGCCGCUAUUAUGUCAUUAGUACUCGAAGCACUACCUAAGAUCGCUGCCGAAGUUGCAUCACCUCUUGCAAAGACAGACGAAAUCGUUCUUAUCGGGGGCCCGGAUAAUACUACUGCGGACCUUACUCGUUUGGUUGGUCAGAUACCACCAGCAAUUAAUGCCUUAACCGGAGUCGAUAUUUCAAAGACUCUAUCGAAAAUUCCUGGCGCUUCGUACACCCCUAAACCGACGGCUGUCAAAUAAUUGUAAUUUGGAAACAAAUUUGUCAAAUUUUUUUUUUAGAAUAUUCCAGUCAAGUUUAAUCAAUGUUUACUAUUACCACAUUCACACUUCAUAAUGGAAGAAUUUAUCAUUUAACACGUUUACUGGCGAGAUAUUAAAACUAUGAAUUAAAACAACAUUAUUAUGAAUAAAUUUCUCAUUAAUCAUAAUUUAAACUGCAGUCAACGUGUUAAAAUUUAUCUUUUACUAUUUCAAAAUAAAAUUUGACAAAACUCUUAUGGGCUUGGCUUACAGCUUAUGUGUUCUGAAUAUGGUAUAUGUCUAUGGAAUGUUUUAUUUUUUUUUAUAAAAAUUUAUGUUUUGUUAAUUUAGUUUCUUGCAUUUGCAAUGUCUCAGGUUUUAGACUAAAUUAAUUAUUUUUUUUUUCAAUUCAGACAAAUAUAAAAUAUACUGUAACAGAGUAAAUUAUGAUUAAGUGAUCUUACUCUAAUUAAAAAAUCAGUAAUUACCUUUCGGAUUUAAUUUGCCAUAAUAUUAUAGUAUAUUUUGAAUUUGCAAAACAAAUAAAAUACAAGAAAUUAAUAAACAAAAAUUAAGAAAUGUAUUGGGUACUGCGAUAAAAUAUUGUUCAUAUAACUGUUAAUUUUUACUAACCUGUUACCAAUGAUAAAGAAAACUAAUUUUCCUCCCUUAUCUAUAGCAAAUGAUAAUAGUCUUUUUCGUCCUUUCUUUUUUAUGUUAUACAUUUUUUUACUAUGAAUGUUUAGACAAUUGAAAACUGAUAUUUCGAAACAAUUUACAAUCUUUUAUAUUAUUGUACCAUGAACCUUUUUGUUUCAUAAGCUUGUAUUGCUCUUAUUUUAGAAUUUAUAGGCUAUUUUCAAAAAAACUAAAUGAUUUAUAGAACUUUUUUAAAUUGAUCAGGUACAUUUUGCGCAGUUCUUGCACGGAGAAGAAUAACGUUUAAGUUUUUCUGUUUGUUUCCUUUAAUAUCAAUACACCAUGAACCUUUCCCCAUUUAUUUUUGAUUAAAUCCAAGUUUUAUUGCUCCUAUUUAGGAAUUAUGGUCCAUCAAUGUAGCGUUAUACAAGAACAUUUUCAAAAAAAUAAAAAAUCCAACGAAUUUUUUGGUUUUAACCUCUAACAUUGGGAUUUAUGGUUGUGACGUUCAUUUUCAAGAUCACUUACCCAUUAACCCGUGUUUAAGAAGUUUUUCAGUUUGUUCUCUUCAAUAUUAAUUCACCAUAAACCCUUCCGUCAUUUCUUUUCAUUCAUUCGUAUUGUUACUACUUUGGAAUUAAUAAAAUUAUAACUGGUUAAAAUGUGAUGUGUAAGAAUAUUUCCAAAAAAAACACAAAAUCAAAAAGUUUGACAACAAACUUUUUGAUAAACUUCCUUAGUCUGUCUACUCCAACAUUCUUUUUACUACCUUAUAUUUUAUCUUAUCUUCGGAUUUUAAAGAUGGUUACUUUUCUUUGUUGGCCAGUGUAUUGACGUUAUAUGUGGACACAAUAUUUGAAAUAAUGUUCGUUUUUGUUAACAACGUGCCUCAAUAUUGAAAUGUAUCUAAAGGAACAUAUGAACUUCAUUGGCUUCUGCAUUUACUAUAAAUGCAAUAGCGGUACAUUUGAACUACUAUUCAUGUUAGCUUGAACAAUAAGUCUUGUAGUUUUUUUUUAAGAAUAAUUUGACUAAUCGACGAAGCUGAUAAUGAUGAGAUUUUGUUGUGAAAUUAAUUUUGUUCAUUUAUUGCACAAAGAAAAACCACAUUUUGGGUUUUUCGGUUUGUUCCCUUUCGCUAUUUAUUUUCGAUCCAUCAGCUUGUAUUGCUCCUAUUUCAGAAUUAUGUCCAGUUGAAAUUGAAGAUUGUGUUUUCGGCACAAAUUCUUUUUGAUCCCACCAGAAAAAAGAAUUAUUGAAGAUUGAAUAUUUUUUAAUCUCUUGCUGUUAAAAGUUUCAUCAACAAAAUGUCAAUUUUGUCGAUAUUGUGAUUUGUGUGGUUUUUUUUCAAACCUUCCAAACUUCAUUUUUUUUUAUUACUUUGAAUAUUUCUUGCACAUAAUAUCAAAAAGAAUUAUCUUUUUCCAGACAAACACUCACAUCUUCAAGGGUAAACUAUUCAUUUUCAGUCUCUGAUAGUUGGUUAUAGACACAUGAGUUCGAUAAUGCAAUUAUGGUAUUUCUAAUUCCAAGUAAUUAUUAAUUAAAAUGUAUUAUAGAAAUAGUAAUAACUUUUUUGGUACAAUUAAACUUAUACUAGAGAUGCAGGUCAUAUUUCGAAUAUCAUUGUUAACAGGUUGUAUCUCUAAAAGAAAUUUAACUCAUAAAUUGUAGGAAAAAAAUAUUUAGGAAUAGACCUACACAAUCGAUGUAUUUUUCUACUCCCCUAAAAGAUCCCUUUUUCUAAAACGUUUUAUUUUUUCACACCCAUCAUAAAAGCCUUGUAAUGAAUCGAUAGAAAAAUUUAUUAAAUACUUUUUUUUCUAGUAUAUAACUUGAUGUAUAAAAUGAGUUAGACAUAUGAAAUAAAUAUAAAGACAUUCUUCAUAAAACUUUUUGAGAGAUUGAUGUUAAUAGUCCACAUAAAAUAGAAACUUCAAGCAGUGGUGAAACUAGUUGGUUUUAUACACAGUGUACAAUUCUUCAAAAUUAGCUUGUUCUUCGUGUGACAUAUAUAGAAUAAAAGACUAAUUUCUUUACAGUUUUGAUUGCUUCGUAUAAAUUUUAGUCUUUCACAUUGCAAAUUAACAAUUUUUAUACAUUUUUUAUUUAUUAAUCUGAUCUAGUGACUAUUAUUUCCCUUAAAACUGGAACCAACAGAAAAAUAAACACUAUAAUAAUAGACCAGGGUAGAAGCCGUAAAAAAAGUCAGUUUUUUUUUAAAGUUUUUUAUUCGUUAAAAUCUCUACUUUCUGAUGGUAUUAAAAACUAUGAUUAUUAUCGUAAUAAAUUUUCUCAGAAAAGGCAAAAAAAUUUCAUUUGAAAAUUUUUUUAUUACAUAAAAGUUAGAUAUUUAUUAACAUGUUGGACUCUUAAUUAGUUAUAUUUAUCAAUGUAACAUGGAAUCUUAUGUUUUUCGUAUAGAAAGUGAAAUUUUAAUAAAUAAUUAAAAAUUGAUUAGAUAUGAUGAGACUAUUUUUGAGUUUUUCAUAAUACUCUGAGAAAAUUUAUCAUGGUGAUGGUAAUAUUUCUUUAUACCAUCAAAAAGUAGAGAUUUAAAUGAACAAAAAACUUUUUAAGAAAAGCUAAUAUUUUGACGGGACAAUUUUUGAUUGAAGAUUCGGGUAAUUUUUCGAUAUUAAGUCAAAAUAAGAUUAAAAAAUAAAUAUUUCAAAGCAAAAAGUAUAUUUGGGACAUAAAAUGGUAAGUUUCCACCGAAUUUCAUGAAAAAAAAUGUUUUUUGUGAAGGAUAUAAAUAAAAAACCAAAAACUUAGUUUUUUUAAUUUUUCACAUGAAUUUUAAGGUUAUGUGAAAAAGCAAUAUGUACAAAAUUUGUAGUUAUUCUUACUAUCUACAACUAUGCUAUGUGACUUUUUCCCAUAGGAAUUGUCAUUUUACCGGAAAUCGAGAUAAACUGUUUUUUACUCUUAAAAACUUACCCCUUUUCCUUACCGGCCUGAAAUCGCCGAAUUAUUUUUCCUUUCAUUUUCCAAUUAUUCUACUGUUUCAAAAAUUAUCGACCCUGGUCUAUAAUAGAAAUAUCUUCUUCUUUCUUGAACCACAGACUUUAUUGGAAAAAAAAACGUAAUCAAAAAGAUUCUUCUUCAAUAGAAAUCAAGCUAAUUAUUAUUGUUUCUACAUCAAAUUUAAUCCAUAAUUAUAAUUUUUCAAAAGCUAAACGGCGGAAUAUUUUCAAAUGAAACUUGGAAGGAAACUAAAAUAAAGAAAACGACGAAUUUUUGUAUCAGAUCAAAAUACUAUUGAUACAGUUGGAAUAUGGAUUUUAUAGUUCGAAGGAAUAUGUGUAAAGAGGAUCAAGAAAAAGAAAAGUUCUAUUUCAUGACCCGGCCAGUAUAAACACAUAUUUCUAUGAAGGUCUAUGCAGCAGCCAUUUCGUACAUUAGGUCAAAACAACACUACCAAGCAAAGAUAAUGUCGGUCAGAAUUGUAAUUAGACUGAUUUUAAAAAUAAUCCAAACCUAACCAGAGAAUUAUCAAUUUUCAAAGCCGAACUGGAAAUCGGUAAAAUCUGGGAGCUCGAUAAAUGGAUUUUAAGACUUCGAAAAUGCUAAAUGAAUGUGUUGAUCCUUAACAGGGUAGAUAUGGAAGUACAAUCUUGCUGAUGAAGAAAUGUUUUAUUUUUGGUUUCCUUUCCUCUCCAAAUAAUUAUUUCAUAACUUUAAUAAACUACUUUUAAAAUUAUAUAUUUCGAAUUCACUUAAGUCUUUUUGUUUUUAAUAUUUAUAUCUAUCGCAAUGUUGGACGUUUAUGUUUUCCAGAAUAUUGUAAAACAAAAAAGUUUUCACAUAUUUAACUGAAAGAAUAAUAUAUAAUAUUUAGUUUUUGUUUUGUAUCAAUUAUCAUUUUAUUAUAUUUUAAUUUUUGUUUUUCUUUUACUAUUAUAAUAUAAGGGACCUUGACUGUUUUAAACAAUCUCGAGCUUGAAACUCACGAAUUGUUAAUUACGGCUUAAUAAGGGUUAAUAUUUCAAUAAAUUGUAAAAAAAAUUUGCAAAUUUUUAGCUACUUCUCAAAAAUAUUUACAUCACAAACGAAGUAGUUUUUGCAAACAAAUUUUUAUUAAAAAUUUGGAAAUAUUAAUAAAUAAUAUAGAUAUUAAGAUAAUGUUGCUGCUUGUCGCACCUGCUCAAAAAUUUAUCGGAUAUUUUGAAAUAUUUAGACUCCUCCUUAGGAAUCCCUUGAUUUAUUUUGUCUUUUUUAUGAAAUUCCUGUAUAUAUGGUCAUCUAGGAGCAGCUUAGUUCUUAAAUUGCCCAGCAUUGAUGUGUACUGUAAACAAAAUGGAAAUUCUGAUAAUAAAAUCUCGUUUUGGAGAGUAGUAGCAGCAUUUAGUUGAUUGAUAAUCUACCUGAACCAGCAUUAUAGUUUCCAAAGAGUCCCAAUAUGUUGUAUUCUACUCCUGUUUAAUACAUAUGGUUCCAAAUUUACUAUGUGCAUCAACUUCCUUACUCUGCUACUUCAACACUUUUUCUACUUCAUCAGUAUUUUAUCUUCAGGUCUUGAAGAUGGUUAACGGUUCCAUAAUUUCUAUCGUUGUGACAUGAUACUCCAAAUAAUUAAAACUUAUAUGUAAGCGGACUUUAAUAUUUCAAGUAUCCGAACGAAACAAUUUUGCUUGUAGUCCAAGAUUUACAUCAGUAAAUCAACUGAAUAUGUUGGGCAGUGUAUAUGUGGGAGCAAUAUGUAAAAUAAUGUUCGUUUUUGUUAACGACGUAUCUCAACAUUGAAAUGUAUCUAUGAACAUAUGAACUUCAUUGGCUUCUUCAUUUAUUAUAAAUGCAAUAGCGGUACAUUUGAACUACUAUCCAUGUUAGGGAGAACAAUUAACCUUUUAGAUUUUUUUUUUAAUAAUUUAACUAAUCGACGAAGCUGAUAAUGAUGAGACUAAUUUCAUAAUUCAGUAUGAAUACCACCAACUGUGUCGAUUCUUAUCAUUAUUAUCAACCAUUGGUUACAAUGUUGGUCUAUAUUUCGGAAUACAAGCCUUAAGUGUCAAUUUAUUGAUUUUUGUGUUCACUGGUUUGUAAUAUAAUCGAAGUACGAAAAAAAAUUUGCACAUUUUGUCUGCACCCUGUAAUAUUUUAUUUUAAGCAUUUUAUGUUCCGUAUUCAAUGUUUGUUAUUAUACCAAAGGUUUUUUGGCAUAAAAAGGUUCAGCAACGUAUAGAGUGUCGGAAAUCACUGCCAUUUCAAUUUUUAGUGUUCGAUGUAUUAAAAAAAUUCAAACUGAGUAAAUUAUUAAAAAAUUACAAAAUAAUUCAAUAAGAUUCAUUCCUUAGUUCGAUGUAUUCUAAAAAAUUGUCGUUAGAAACAAUUUGAAAUGAAAUCAUUUUUUAUAGCUACGAUUUUUAUAAACUUUUGAAGUAGUUUUGUAAUAAUUUUUUCUAUUUUUUGUAAAUUGUGCUUCUAGCCAUGAUAAUUGUAGCUGAAACUAUUUUAUGCGAUUAACUGCCCUAAAAAAAUAUUUAGAAUAGUUUUAUUGUAAUAAAAUUGGUUUUAUUAUAUUGCCCACUUGUGUGAACAAUGAAAAAUAUUUUAAUAAAUGGUAUUGCAAAUCUU